GCACAGAGUGCCAUCUUAGCUGUGCCAAACCUUCACUCCAGAACACACUCCACCAUCCGGGACCUGAAUGGGCCUGUCCUUGAUUCUGAAUCAGAAAGUGUAGGAUUAAACAGGUCAACCGGGAUACUGAGCACGGGUCAGGAGCGUGGCUUGAAAUCCCCUCAAAGCUGCUAGUUCAGUUCAGGUCAUGGCCGGCCACCCAAUCCACAGCCCCAUUGUCGGCGGCAGCGGAAGCAGUUUUGCUGGUGACAAUAGCGGUCCAUUUUCGAACCAUGGCUACACCGAGAGCACGUUCUCGGAUUUAAGCGGGGUUUUUAAUCUCGAUCCCAGUGUCUCGCAUAAUUUCGUCAACAACUCGCUCAUCUUGUCAAAAUCCCGCGCGUGGACCAAAGUUCACGACCCAGCUACCCAAGCCUUUUUAACCAGAGUGCCUGAAUCUACAGUUCUAGAGGUGCAGCAUGCGGUUGCUGUGGCGUCUUCAGCACAGCCCAGCUGGGCCUCAACCUCUUUCCAAACUCGACGACUAAAACUGUUAGACUUGGUCAACGUUUUGUACCAAAAUGGCCCUCGCAUCAUUAAUUGCAUCAUCGAGGAAGGUGGCAAGACUAUGCAGGAUGCAAAGACAGAAUUCGACAAGGGUAUUGACGCGAUCCUCACGGCCACCGCAAUUGGUAGCGAGAUGAUGGGAACUUACUCUUCGAAUCACCCAGUCAGGGUACACACGUUCCACGAACCUGUCGGUGUGUGUGUGUCUAUAACGCCUUACAACUUCCCGUUCAUGAUACCACUAUGGUCUGUUCCGCUAGCUAUCAUGACGGGAAACACCGUUGUCCUAAAACCGUCCGAAAGAACACCCACCGCUGCCAUGAUCUUGGCAGAGAGUUUUCUCCAAGCUGACUUCCCUCCCGGUGUCUUCAAUGUUGUUCAUGGGGGAGCCAGUGCCGUCAAUGUUCUUUUAUCCCAACCAGCAGUUAUGGCAGUCAGCUUCGUAGGAUCUGACAUUGCUGGAGAACGUGUGUGUGAACAUGCCAGAGCAAACAGAAAACGGGUGCAAGUUGAGACUAGCGGCAAAAACCACGGCGUGAUUAUGGAAGAUUCGGACAAGAUAUCAACGCUCUACGCGAUUGCGGGCAGCGCCUUUGGUGCUGCAGGGCAAAGAUGUAUGGCUUUGAGCUUGGUAGUAUUUGUGGGAUCAGCCAAAGAAUGGCUCCAGGAUCUUGUGGAAAUUGCAAAGUCUCUAGUAGUCGGCUGCGGCACUAAUCCGGAAGUUGGGAUGGGGCCUCUUAUAAGCGCAUCUGCAAAGGAGAGGGUUAUUAGCAUCAUUAACAGCGCGGAACAAGAAGGCGCCAGAGUAGUCUUGGACGGGAGAUACUGCUCCGUGGACGGAUAUCCUGAUGGUAACUUUGUGGGCCCGACCAUCUUGACCAACGUCAAGACGUAUAUGCAAUGUUAUCAGGAAGAAAUCUUUGGACCUGUUCUUAUAUGUCUCGAGGUUGAGACCUUAGAUGAGGCCAUUGAUGUCAUUAACGAAAAUCGAUAUGGUAAUGGGUGUACAUUGUUCACGUCAAACCCAAGAACUGCCCAAACCUUCCAGCAGGAAGUCAACAUCGGCCAGAUCGGCAUCAACGUUCCGGUUUUGGCUCCAUCAGGCCCAUUGCCUAGAACCAGUAAUAAAGAUUCAUUUAUCGGUGAUAUAAGUGGACAGGGUCGAUCAUGGCAAUUCUUCACUAUGACGAAGACAGUAACAACAUUGUGGCGAUAGCUACUUUUACUACAACCAAUAAAAGCUGC